AUGCAGCGAUCCCUUUUAGCAUCUCCCAGAUGUGUGUGGCUGCCAUUGAAAGGCAGGAUACAUGUAUCGGCCUUUAAAGCUGCUAACAACGUCAGGUUUUUUCCUCGAACAGCGCCUUCCAGAAUUAACUGGGUACGAUGGAACCACCACGAGAAACCUCCACGCGCGCCAAUCAACAAAAGCGGUGGUCAAAAUGCUGCACCAGAAAACAAAAGUAACUCGAAUCCUUUCAAACUCGUCACAGAGCGUGAUCGAUUACUGUUGCAAGCCACAGGACUACUUCACAAACUACAGAUAAACUUGAAAUGGACACUUAUUAGAUCUACGAAACCGUUCAAUUCUGAUGACAUCAGUGCUUUCAUUUCUUGGAUCUUAGUCAGCAAUGCGCUUUUAAUCAUUUUAGGAACCACAACCUUUGCGUCUUUGAUCAUAUACUUCGCCAACACCGUCUUUGCUCAGGAAUAUGUGGCCACACAUAUCGGAAACUUGCUGACCAAAAACAGCUCUGUUUCUGUGGUAUUCGAAAGUGCGAUCGUGCCAGACUGGUCUUCCCGCAAAAUCUGUUUCAAUAACGUUUUCGUUUCUCGAAGACCCAAAGUGUCGCAUAGCUUCACCAAAGGAUCCCAAUAUGAAGCAGCAGAAAGAGCUAAACUCGCCAUCACAGAGAAUCUGCUUGUCAGCCGAGAAGAUUUUGAUGAUGGUAAUUAUGCUCAAUUCGAUUUGACCAUGGAUCAAGUUGAAAUCUCGUUGAGUUUUAGCAAGUGGUUCAACGGACGCGGUAUCUUGGACGAGGUAACGAUAAAUGGAUUACGAGGUGUGGUGGACCGUACCCACGUCAUAUGGAAAGAGAACGACGAUGCAAGAAACUACUUGAAUGUGCAUCAGCCGGGAGAUUUUGAAAUUUCCAAGUUCGAAAUGAACGACUUUUUGAUCACACUCUACCAACCCAAUGGAUUCCGUCCAUUUCAAGUAAGCGUUUUCAAUUGCGAACUUCCGCAGUUACGCAAACACUGGCUUUUUUUCGAUUUCCUGAACGCCAACAAUAUCAGCGGUACUUACGACAACUCGCUAUUUUCGAUUCACAAGAAAUACAAAGCGGAUGAUUCACCGCACAAUGCGUCUCCGUGGAAGAAAGUGACCCGCAUGCGAGUGGACAAUUUGGACAUUGAUCACCUCAACGCAGGCGUGGAAGGUCCGUUCGGUUGGAUCACUGAAGGACAGGUGGACAUGAUCGGUGACAUUCUCCUUCCGGACGAGGAUCCUGACGCUCUUCAAUUGAACGAAAUGUUCACCGUCAUCGGGCAAAGACUGUUGAAGGAAGCACGGCGCCAUUCAGCAAUCCUUCUGCCAGAACCGUAUCAAACCCCAGAGCAGAAAGACAUUGACCCACAGAAAUAUUUCAUUAUGGAUUUCUUUCUAAGACUUCACAACGUCACCGCAGAAGUUCCUCUGUUUGAUAAUGCGCUCAGUUAUAUCAACAGUGCGCUCAUAAGGCCCAUUGUUGGCUAUAUCAACUCUAGGCGUACCUACAUUCCGAUCAAAUGUCAAGUGGUCAAAGAACUAUCCGACUUUGAAGGUUCAUGGACCAUCUACGAUUGUCGACUGAUGGAUGAUCUAAGUGCUGAGGUCUACGAUGCCUUCGCUGACUACGCGGCAGAUGAUGAAAGAAAGAACUUGCGAUUGAAGCGCAUAGGAUUCUGGUCGCUACAGUUGCUGGCUCAACUGGUUCUGCUGAGUCUGGGAUCGAUCGCUUAA